CAAUAACCACACAGGACCAAACCUACAGCUACCCUAUGGCAUCAGAAUGAGUUAUUCUCCAGGUCCUUCCCCGUGGUUCCGGGGAUGAUCUGGAGUUAAUAUUAACUUUAUCCAGUGUGACCUGCUUGCCUGGAGAGUAUAUUUAUGAUCAGGUCCUGCUUCUCCCCGGGAUACUUUACAUCAAUCAAUAUGAUAUUCGGACGUGUACAUGCAUGCGUUUACAUCUAUCUCAAAUAUCACUACAUCACCACCAUACCAAAUAAUAAGUGAGAGGGAAAAAAAAUGACAACAACAGUAUCCUACCUCCUCGCCACCCGUCUCUCCCAAGCAGGAAUAACCCACCAUUUCACCGUCCCCGGCGACUACAACAGUCCCCUCCUCGCCACUCUCCGAAACCACACCUCCCUCACCGAAACAACCUGCACCAAUGAACUCAACUGCUCUUUCGCAGCGGAGGGAUAUGCCCGGGCCCGCGGCAUCGCCGCUUGCGUGGUGACCUACGGCGUUGGCGCAUUGUCUGCAUUCAAUGGCAUCGCUAGUGCUUAUGCUGAAAACCUGCCCGUUAUACUUAUCUCCGGGGCACCGAAUACCAACGAUCGCGAGGCGUUUCACUCCGUGCAUCAUUCGUUGGAUAAUGGGGAUUUGGAUUUCCAGGUGGAGAUGGUGAGGAGGAUUACGUGUAAGGCUGUGGUUGUUCGGAGGGCGGGGGAUGCCCCCCGGUUGAUUGAUGAGGUGAUUCGGUGGGCGAGGUGGUGUAGGAAGCCGGUGUAUAUUGAGAUUCCGGUGAAUGUGGCCAGGGAAGCAUGUUUGUUGGCGGGGCCGCCGUCUAGUGUGUUGGAGAGGAGGAGGGGGGAUGCAGUCGGGGUGGAUGAUGCGGUUAGGAAGGUGGGCGAGUGGGUGAGGGCUGCGGGCGCGGAGGAGGUGUUGGUGCAGGUGGCCGAGGUGAUGGGGUGUAUGGUGGCGGUGCAGCCUGCGGCUAAGUCGAUGUUUCCUGAGGGACAUCCGUUGUUUGCGGGGGUGUAUUGGGGGGAGCGAGUGGUGGAGUGGGCGGAUGCGGUGGUUUGUGUGGGGACGGUGUUUACGGAUUAUAGUACUGCGGGGUGGACGGCGGUGCCGGAGGUGGGGAAUCGCAUUACGAUUGGGAUGGAUCAGGUUACGGUGCCCGGGGGGAGUGGAAUGAUUGAUCGGAUUGCUCCGUUGAGGGCGCAUGGGGGCAGCGCGUUGACGAGAAAGGAGAUCUCGAGACAGAUUGAGAAUCUGCUGACGCCGGAGACGACGUUGUUUGUGGAUAUUGGGGACUCGUGGUUUGAUGCGGCGCAGAUGGCGUUGCCGGAUGGGGCGCGGGUGGAAAUGCAGAUGCAGUGGGCGCAUACGGGGUGGUCGAUCCCGGCCGCGUUUGGGUAUGCGAUGGGGGAGCCGGAGCGGAAGGUGGUGGUGUUGGUGGGCGAUGGGGCGUUUCAGAUGACGGCGCAGGAGGUCAGUCAGAUGACGCGGUAUCAGACGCCGAUUUCGCUGUUCCUGAUCAAUAAUCGGGGAUAUACGGUGGAUGUGGAGAUCGGGGAUGGCUUCGUCAAUAAUAUCAAGAACUGGGAUUAUACGACGUUUCUGGACGCGUUGAAUAGUGAUGAUGGGUAUGGGAGGGGGUAUAAGGUGACGAAGGCGGGCGAGUUGCAGCAGGCGAUUGAGCGGGGGUUGGUCAAUCGGCGCGGUCCGACGUUGAUUGAAUGCUAUAUUGAUCGGGCGGACUGUUCGCGCGAGUUGGUCGUCUGGGGACAUCUCCUUGGGGAGGCGAAUAGGAGACAACCGGCGGUGUUCUAGUGGCAGCGGAUCGUGCAUUACUUCGACAUGCAGUUGAUCAUUGGUAUGAUCUUGUGGAAUAAG